GACACUGGGUGCCGCAGACGGAGGAAUGAAGGAUUUGUUCGCCUGCAACAGGCUCCUCAGGAAGUACAUCAAAAAGGGCCAGUGGCAGCAGAGCAUUUCACUUCUGCAGCGCAUGCAAGAAGAAGAAAUCAGCCCUGACGUGAUAACCAUCAACUCAACCUUGAGUGCUUGCGAGAGAAGUGCCGAAUGGCAGCGCGUUUUGCACUUCUUUGCCAAACAAAGGCCAGUCAUGGACAAGUUUACCCUGAGUAUCACCCUCAAGGCCUGUCGCCGUGGGAUGCGAUGGAUCGAUGCCUUAGAGCUGCUGCACCUGGCAGGAACCGGGGAGCAAGCCCUAGAAACCAUGGAUUUGGUGGUUUGGAAUGCUGCCAUGGCUGCCUGCGAAAGGGCCGCAGAUCAAGCGUGGCGUUGGUGCCUGCACUUGUUGCAGUCGUGCCCAUUCCCACCUGACAUCGUAAGUUUCAACACCAGCCUGAGCGCCUUGGCUCGUGCUCGUCGCUGGCGCCAGUGCUUGCAGAUGUUGCUGCAGAUACCGCAGCCAGAUAUCCUCUCUUACAACUCGUGUAUCACAGCCUGCAGUGGGGCAGCGUGGCCCUUUGCCCUGCAGCUUUUGUCGGAUGCGGUGGAGGCUGAUCUCAAGUUGUCCACCAUCAGUUUCAACGCUGCCAUCGCCGCUUGUGACAAGGGGCAUCAGUGGCAGAAGGCUUUGCAGCUCUUCUGGGAACUGAAUAGGUCACAUUGCCGUGCAUCUGAGGUCACUUACAGCAGUGUCCUGAGCGCCUGUGAGGUGAGCCUCCCGUGGCGCAGCCUCCUACAGCUGGCGGCUGGUGGCUUUAGCUGGAGCGCCUUGGCGGUGGCCUGUGGGAAACAGGCCGCCUGGUGCAUGGCCCUGAGCCUCCUGGAGGUGGGACCAUGGUGGCCACAUGCUGAGGUCAUGGGCGAUGCUUCGACACCGGCUGUGUCGCAAGCGACGGUUCGGGCCUGUGCAGCUGCGCUCAAGUGGCAGGCCGCUUGGCAACUGCUUCAUGCCAGCAGAUGGCAGCAGACGUUGGAAGUCACCCAGCUGACGCAUCAAGCGGCACUCGGAGCAGGUGGUAUGCCUUGGGGACAGCGUGACCCGCAUGGUCCUCUGGACCGAUAUUUGGGACGACGGCUUCGAGAGGAGUAUCUGGAGAUCCACAGGCUAAGCAGUCUCGGGCCAGCUAUAGAGAUGGAGACGGAAGAGAUUCCAACGCUUGAGGUUGCGCGAUUGGUGUUGACCUCUUUGCACUUGCGGUCCUAAAAUCGAUCGAACCCGUUGGAGACCA